AUGUCUGCCGAUCUCUUCGCGGCCUUCGAUGGCCCUUCGCAACCUCCCAAUCAAGGGCAAAAGCAACAGCAGAAUGCAGCGCAAGCAAAGACGCAGGCAAACGCUUUCUCAUCCGAUCCAUUCGCGUUUUUGAGCUCUGCCGCUCAGAGCCCGGUAGUCUCGCAGACUCAACCAUUCCCGUCCUUUCCGUCAACCAACAAUGAUCCGUGGGGAAGUUUCGCAGGCGGCCAAGGCAUUCGCCAGCCGGCAAAGGCUGAAGUAAACGACGACAACGACGACAACGACGACGACGAUGAUGGAUGGGGUGAUUUUGAGACUGCAGACCCCAUAGCACCGCCGGCCCCAAAGCUGGCCACGGCUGCUACCCCUAUUCCGGCCUCGACGAAACCGCCGCCUCAGAACCCUGCCAUACAACGGACGAGAAUUAUAAGGGCCCCAACCAUUGAGUUGAUGACCAACAGUCUCAUUGAUAUUCCAGGCACAAAUGUUUUGCCUGAAGAAGUCAGAUCGCCACCAUGGAUGCGCCAGUCUUUUGACCGAGGGCAAAAAUCCACACCGCCGCCAGCAGCGAAACCAAUACAGCCCGUGCAGCAGCCCCAGAGGGCCGACCCCAAUGUUUUAUUUGAUGCUGAUGAGUUUGAUGGAAAGGUCGCGGAAGAUGAUGAUGACGACUUUGGGGACUUUGAGACAGUCGCCUCGCCUGCGCCUGCGCCGGCUGCAUCUAGUGAUCUAUUAUCCGAUGACCUGUUCAGCCCACCUCCAACGGCUAGACCGACAUCCACAACCAAGAGAAUGAACACUGCUGAUUUGCUCUCCUCUUUGACACUGGACGCGCCAGCAUCUCCAUAUCCCCAAGCACCAAAAUCCCCUGCUUUCCGAGACAGAAAUCCUUUCCCGGGAUUGGGUCUGAAAACACCUACAGAACCGGAACCUGUGCCAAAGAAUGAGGAUGCUAAAACCGCGACUCCUCUGACAGCGUGGCCGAGCUUCGAUAAUGAUUCUACAAAAACCCAAACGGCCCGAAAGACCCAGAAAAUCAAUGAUGGUUGGGACGCGUUUGAUAGCUUGGCCGAGGAGCCUGCCGCCAGCAAGGAGGCAGACACAGCCAAUGACGACUGGGGCGAAUGGGACGCAUUUGAUAACCAAAAGUCAGAGCCCGUCAAGGCUCAAGCUACCGGCAGCACGGAAAGAGAUGAUGUAUCGACAUGGGCUUGGAACGCAAUAGAUAACCCAAAUGACAAGUCGGUCGAUACGAAGGCAGACUCAGCACCACCGAUAAAUAUUCCGCCACCUUCAGUGUUAUUAUCCAUCUUUCCGCAAUUACUCGCUCAAGCAAACGAUUCGCUAUUCAAGCCGGUCAGUGGAAAGUCGACAUCUAUCAAAAACCGCAUCUUGUCCGAUCCUAAAACCGUUGAUUUCCUGCGAGGUUAUCUACUUCUUGCCACUGUAGCCGCCCGAAUUAUAGCUGGCCGGAAGCAGCGGUGGCAUCGAGACAAAUUCCUGUCACAAAGCAUGUCCAUUUCAGCUGCGGGAAGUAAGGGAAUGAAAUUAGCUGGAGUGGACAAGACACAAGCAAUUCGAGAGGAUCGAGAAGCAGCCGAUGUUCUGGACCUUUGGAAAGAGCACGUGGGUCGUCUGCGCUCAGCAGUAGCGGCGGCCAACCAGUCAAUCAAGGAUGCAUCACAGCAGCUCAAGAUACCUGAACUUCGCGACAACAUGCAGGCUCAGACGGCCAAGGGUGUGCUGACUGCCCCCAAAGCCUGUGUUAUUUGUGGCAUCAAACGAGAUGAACGGCUAGCGCGGGUUGACUUUGAUGUUGAAGAUAGUUUUGGAGAAUGGUGGACGGAACAUUGGGGGCAUACUGCAUGCAAAAGGUUUUGGCUCAAACAUGAGAGUGCCCUGCGCCAACGGUAA